AGUGUGUGAUUCACUUUCAUAUACACGAAACUCAUAUUGAAGGAAAACCCAAAACUACACACACACACACAAAAAAAAAACAAGAAAAACAAGAGGAAGAAAAGAGAGUAACACAUCAUAUAAGCGAUCUUUUGGGCAUGGCAGAUGAAUUUCAAGCUGGGGUUUGUGGUGGAAUAUGGUGGAAUUCGCCUAGAAGCUCACUUGGGUUGUUGUCUCCAUGUUCGGCCGCCAUUAAUAUGCAAAGCUUUGGAUGGCUAAGUCCUCCUCCUACUGGUACUGAUCAUGAGCAGUCUGGUUCAGUUUCUGAUGAACUAGUAGUGUUCCAAGACAUACAAAAGCCUCAUCAGAGGGAGACUUCAGACUCCCGUGGUGGCGGUGUCUUGAUGGAUUCAACCUUGCAAAUGAUGGGUGUUGGCCUUUCAUCAUCAUCAUCAUCAUCAUCAUCAGCAACAACACCAGAAUGGAAGCAAAUUCUACUUGGAAGUGGAAGAAGUGAAAGCAGUUAUCAUUCUUCUAUGCUUCAAGAAGACAUGGAUUGUCCUCAAAUCAAAAAGGAGUGGAGGAGGAGUAUGAAUUUGAAGAGCUUUUCUGAUUCAACUGUCAAUGAAUUCAAUCAAUUGAAUCAAGGUUUAAACUCUGCCACAAGCUCCAACAACUGCACAGUGACUGCCAGCUUUCCAAUGGAAUCAGCUUCAUAUGGCUGCCCUUCAAAAUUGCUGCAAACUCUAUAUGAUACUGAUUCUACUCCACAGAGAUCUCUAUUUGACAACCGGUCCAUCAACUAUCUGUCUAACACAAAUUACCAGACUAACUUCAACGAAAUUUCACCGUCUUUGGCAAAUUUGUCUACCCUACUAAGGCAACAACAACCCAUUAGUCCUUUAAACUUAACAAACAGCUCACAGUUGUGGAAUUCUAGCUAUUUUCCUUCAACACAAGCACAAUUCCACGCAUCAAAUUUCGAAGAGAAGCCGAGUUUCCCCAAUAUAAUUGCAAUGUCUAAUAAAGAACUAGUUCAAGACUCGGGUUCAGUGGUAAAGAAAAGGAGUGGCGAACCUCCAUUCAAAAGACCGAGAAUUGAAACACCAUCACCAUUACCAACUUUUAAGGUCCGCAAAGAGAAGCUAGGGGACCGGGUAACUGCUCUUCAACAAUUGGUUUCUCCUUUUGGAAAGACCAAUACUGCAUCUGUUCUCCACGAAGCUAUAGAAUACAUCAAACACCUCCAUAAUCAAGUCAGUGUUUUGAGUACUCCAUAUAUGAAAAAUGGACCUAUUCAUCACCAACAGACUUGUGAAAAAGUGAGGGACUCUGAAGGGCCAAAACAAGACUUGAGAGCCCGGGGACUUUGUCUUGUACCGAUAUCAAGCACCUUUCCAGUUGCCAAUGACACUACUGCUGAUUUCUGGACAUCAACAAUGUUUGGAAGAACAUUCAGAUAGAGAAGAGAAGAGAAAGCAAAAGAAAUUCAAGCAAUUAACUCAAUUUUCCAUUACACCAAGUUUGGAUACGGUAAAUGAGUAAUGCUAUAGAAUGAUUAAAUUAUUGUACCAAAUCAUUUGACGUGGCAUUAAUAUAGUAAUAGCAUUAUUCACUCACCCAAAAUUCCACUUUAGAAAGAGAAAGAAAAAAAAUAAAUAAAAAGCAAGGAAAGCUUGGAAGCCACAUUGAUGUACUGAAGAAGACCUGAACAAAAGCAAGACAGAAAAAAAGGAGAAAACAGAAAGAGAAGUGACCCCUCAAAGAAAAACAGCCAAUGCUGGGCCAAGCUGUAGUAGGCAGGCUUGCAGAUGAUUAGGCACCUCUUUAGGAUUAUAUUAUGUUAUUAUCACUUUAAAUAACCAAUGUAUUAUAUAGUUUAGAGGUGGCUUUUGGAACAGGAACAUGCGUUAAAUUUAGCUGAAGUUUAGAUUAGUUUAGAGGGUAAUUGUUGUUUAGUUGAGCUAAAUUUAGCACAAGGUGGGUGAUAAAUAAAGGUACUCUUGUUCCUGUUUCUAUAUGUAUUGUAGGGUUGGCGGUACAAUACAUAUAAAAAAUGAUUUUUAUUUGAAAAAAGAGAUUAUUAUUGAAUUCAA